UUUAAGGCCUAGAUAUUUAAGGCGGUUCCCGCGACCAUUCGCCGUCUACCUUGUCGGGCCCCUCUCUCUUUGCCCCGUCUCUCUCUCUCUCACCCCACUGCAGGAAGGUAACUAAGCCCUAAUCCUAAUUCUUCUCCUCUUUCUUCUCUACUUCGCCCUUCCUUCGGUUUCUAGAUCUGCGCGGUAGAUUUUGAUAUCGGGAGGCAUGUCGGACGAGGAGCACCAUUUCGAGUCGAAGGCUGAUGCGGGAGCGUCGAAGACCUUUCCGCAGCAGGCUGGAACGAUCCGUAAGAAUGGGUAUAUUGUGAUCAAGGGGAGGGCUUGUAAGGUUGUGGAGGUUUCAACCUCUAAGACUGGGAAGCAUGGUCAUGCCAAAUGUCACUUUGUUGGCAUCGAUAUCUUCAAUGGAAAGAAGCUUGAGGAUAUUGUGCCUUCGUCUCACAACUGUGAUGUUCCUGAUGUUAAUCGUACUGAGUAUCAGCUCAUUGAUAUCUCUGAGGAUGGAUUUGUGAGUCUGCUGACUGAAAAUGGUAACACUAAGGAUGAUUUGAGGCUCCCAACUGAUGAGCCCCUUCUUACGCAGAUUAAGGAUGGAUUUGCUGAAGGGAAGGAUCUGGUGGUGACUGUGAUGUCUGCAAUGGGUGAGGAGCAGAUUUGUGCAUUAAAAGAUAUUGGCCCCAAGUAGCUCUUCUGCAUCUGUCGGCUGCUGUUAUUUUUCAAGCUACAGAUUCUGUAAGAGCACAGUGGAGCCAUUUGAAACUUUGAGAAGAUAUAUAGAUAGAUACUAUAAGAUUUUCAUCCAUCUUGAAUCUCCUUUUGGCACAGGAGUUAAGGGCAGGGAUUGUUGGGAUAGUUUCCAACUAGCUUUUAAGAACUUGAUUUUACAUUCCUAUGAUAUUCACUAUUACUGUGAUGAUGUUAUUGAAUUUGCAUCUUGCUGUUUUAACUUUUGGCACUGGCAAUUGCUUCCAAGACAAGGUUUUGUGGUUGGUGGUUAUGCUGAUUGUUUCGAGUCU